AUGGAAGGAGAAAAGGAAACGAUUUUUGAUGAAAUUUUACAAGAGUUACCUUCGUACAAGUUAUAUGAAAAAUUUAAAUCUGAGGCCAAUGAAGAAGAUGACGAAAUCAGUUGUAAUAUAUUUAAUGAAGUAAAAAGUAAUUUAAAAAUAGAGUGUGUUAAACUAUGCAAUAAAGUUGUACGAAAUUUUAAAUCUUUAUUAGAAAUAGGUAAACCAGAAAUAUAUGACGACAUUUGUUUGCAUUACAAAUACUGGGUAUAUGAAGAAAUAGGGAAAUUGUUUGAAACUAAUAGAACAAAUAUCAAUGUUAAUGCUGUUAUUACUGCAUUUAAUAAAUUACAACAAUCUCUUACUGAGAAUUAUAGGAUACAUAAUUGUGAGUACAAAUUUGGUCAAGAUAUCAUAAGCUCUUUGAAUGCUAAAAAUAACGAAAAAAUUUUGUAUAUAUAUACUACAAAUUAUAAUAGAAUAAGGAGUAGAGAAUUUUGUAAUAUGUUAACGUUUAAUAAAUAUAAAAAAUACCUUAAUGCUAUCAGUAAUAUAUAUAUAGAUAAAAAGACUAAAUGUUGUGCCUCAAACUUAUCGAUAUGCCCAAAUUUGUUUUUGAAUUGUGGUGAUGAGUUGAAUCCAAGUAAAAUAUCAGCUCUUUUAAAUUUAGAAAAUGGUGAUAGUUGUAAUAAACUAGAAAGUAUUAAAGAAACUGAAUCUGCUGACAAAAAUUUGGAUUCUAAUGUUUUAGAACCAGAUAUUUUGGAUUCAAUUCUUUUUACAGAUUGUCCUAUUAAUAAUUAUAGCGAAAAUUUACAGUGUGGUUUAGUCCGAGCAUCUUCCAUUAGACGUAGUAAUGAAAAUACAGUUAAAUACAAAGGACAGAGAACGAAUGCAGGAAGCUCAUCUUCAGAAACUCGUAUGAUAAAAGCCAACGUAGAUUCAUCAGAAGUUCUAAGUGAAAGCAGUAGUAAGCAAUUUUCUCCUAGUAAUUCAGAAGAAAAAAAUAAAAUGAUAUUUGUUGCAAAUACGGAUAAUGGAUUUCGAUGGAAAUAUGGAAAAGGAGAUAUACGUUGUUUGUCUAAUAUAUCAGAGGAUGAUAAAUAUGGAUUGUGCGAAUAUAUGGAUGAAUUGGUUAAAAAUGAUAUUUUUAUAAAAACAAAAGAUUCCAAUGGACAUAUAUUUAAGAAGAUAGGCUCUUGGACCUCAGAAGAAUUACAAAAAUUAAUGGAUAUAAAAGAAAAGUGGAAAUCAAAAAAUGUUGUGAGAUUAGAAUUAAGGCAGUUAAAAAGUGUUCAUGUUUUAAAGCCUACACAAGCACAGGGUUUUGUUAUGAAGAGUUCACUGUCAGAAAAACUUCCUGGAACAGAUGCAGCAUCUAAUAUAUUACAGAAUAUAUUUUUUCGUAUUUCUAAUGUAGUUGCUUUGAUUAUGGGAAUAAUUUUUGUUUUUUUCCUUUAUUUUAAAUUUACUCCCUUUGGAUCAUGUCUAGAUAAAAAUAGAAAAAGGAAAAAAAGAUAUAGGAAUAAUUUCGCUGAAUUAAAUACUCAAGGAUUAACAAGGAAAUUCAUAAAACGUACAUAUAGGCAUUCUGACAGGAGGAGAUUUAGCGUAGUAAAUAUUGAGAGGUAA